UGUUUGAUUUGUGUCUUUCUUUGUUUUGCUAGUGUCAGAGGACACGCCUUCUAUGGACAUAGCAUUUCAAGAAAAUGAAGACAGGGGCUUUUAUACAGAAACAUUCCACUCAUCAGCAUGGAUUUUUCAAGGAGAUAAUGUAGGCUCUGGGGGAAUUCGUACCAGCCUAACCACCAGAACUUGUGCCGUCUCAAUUCGAGAGAGGACUGUUAAGAUCAGCAAAGGGACAGGAGAAUAUCCCUGGGGCUUUCGAAUACAGUUUUCUAAACCCAUUGUGGUCACAGAGGUUGACACAAAUGGAGCUGCAGAGGAAGCUGGGUUGAUGGUAGGAGACUAUGUCCUAGCUGUCAAUGGUAUUGAUGUCACCAGCAUUCCUCAUUCUGAAGCUGCUGAUUUAGCCAGACAAGGUCCAGAUGUUCUGACAUUGACUGUUGGUUCAGACAUUGCUCGUGGUCCUAACACACCGAGACCAGCCUGUCGUGGUUACCUUCAUAAGCGUACUCAGUCUGGUCUGAUUAAAGGAUGGAGAAAGAGGUGGUUUGUACUGACGCAUGACUGCUGCCUUUACUACUACAGACACAAACGGGUAAGCAUGAUACAGGUCAUCAAAAUCAAACAGUCCACAAAGACAUUUUUGUGUGCUUUUGGCACUACUUCAUGGUCAUUACAGGAUGAAGGCAAAAGGCAGGCACUUUCAGCAAUAAAGAUGGAAGGGGCUGAGGUGGGACCAGACACUUCACUUGGAAAACCAUUUGUGUUUAAGUGUCAUCCUCAGUCUGGUUUUCGAGUUUACUUCUUCUGUGCCACUUCCAACCAGGAAAUGAAAAGAUGGCUGGAAGCUAUGGAGAAAGCUACUCAUACCAUUACACAAAACCAUGUUUGGGUGGAUGUCACUAAACACAACUCUAAUCUGCCCCCGCUGGCUGUAAAAAAUCCAGACUGUCUUGGAUUGCUUCAUAAAAUGGAUAAAAGCAAGGAUUCCUGGGUACAGCACUACUGCAUUCUGAAGGAUGGGUGCCUCUACUUGUACAGUGGCAUCCGUGCAACUCACGCACAAGGUGGCAUCUACCUUCAGGGUUACAUGGUGCGAGAGCAGUCUUAUGGAGCCAAGAAUUCAAUCAUUGAGCUGAAACCUCCAUCUGAUGAGUUCAGAACUUUCUACCUGUGUGCUGAAAACGCAAAUGAAAAUAAACGAUGGAUUAUAGCUAUCAAAGCUUCAAUAAAGAAGUGGCUGCCUUUACACCAGGCACUUCAGCACUACAUGAAUGGACCACCAGAAGAGACCAGAAUGUGAAUGAACAUGUGUCUGUAAAUACUGACAGAAUCUUGUGGAUCACUGAUUAAGCCUCCUGUUUGCAGACUGCUAUACUUUCCAUAUGUGAGGGACAAGAUUAUUUAUUUGAUUUUUCUUUCUUCUCUUUUUUACACUGCUUACUCUCAGCCUCGUUCAUUUUUUAUAAUUCAUUGUGGAUUUUUGCAAUGGGUACUAAUUUUUUUAUUUGCUUAAAGAUCAAGGUUGUAUACGCAAACAAAUGAGGCGUAAAAUUUAUACUCUAUAAAUAAAUUUUAUUAUGAUUAAAAAACAGUCACAUGGGAAAAGUCAGUACAUCGCUAAACGGUUCAAAUAUCACAUUGAUCACCUUCAUCUGUGUAGACUGUAUUAAAAGGAUUACAUGUUUGUUUCCAUUUCCUGUGAUGUAUUAUUUUACCUAACUAAUCUUAUACCUAAAAAUACCUUAUACCUUUUCAUUGUUUUUAAACAACCAUGUUCUUUUCCUUUGAAACCAUCCUUCACACGUCCUGUAUGCCUAUCUCUAUAGACAGCACCAACUACUUAAGAAUGCUGAGGAUUGUGCAGGACGGUGACAUCAGGCUUAUAGGCAAAAUAAUAUCUGGAUAUUAAUAAAAUUACUUCUGAUAUUUUUCAUUUUCUCAAAGGAAAUGUAAGUCAUUUUAUUGUUUUCUGUGUGCACGUAUUUCAGUUAAAAAAUGUUUUUAGAUAGCUUCAUAAAACAAUUCACAAGAUUAAAAUUAACAACAGACUCAGUGAAAACAAAAAGAUAUUGAUUACAUCAGUUUAGCUAAUUGCCCUCUAAUCUUUAGCCAUCUUUAUACUGUGUUGUGAAUUCCAAAAACUCUUUGGGCAGGUUUCAUUUUUUUUAAUUUUUUAUAUCAAAUGUUGACAUUUCUAUGCUUUUAUAUUAAUAUGGUGUUUUUAUACCAGUUUUCCUUUUGAUACUUUCCCCCCACUGUAGAACAGACAGAAAUGUAUUACUGUCACUGUAAUAAAUUCUACAAUCAA